AUGCCCGCGGUGGUCGAAAAUAUGACCUCGACACCGAAUUCGCAAGGCCCAGCCAUGGAAUCCUCCACCGCAGACAAGAAGCGCAACAAGCUGGGAUAUCAUCGCACCUCUGUCGCAUGUGUUCACUGUCGGCGACGAAAGAUCCGAUGCCUAGUAGCGGCCGACGAUGUACAGGGCCGCUGCGAGAACUGCAUUCGGCUUCGAAAGGAGUGUCAGUUCUUCCCUGUCGAUCAACAGCCCCCGGUCGAUAAGAAAUCUCGCCCCAACUCUCGAUUGGAAACUGCAUCGACGGAUCCGUCCACGGCAUCUUCGUCACCACCAACAGUCAGUGGAGGGGAACAGACCGAGGCAUACUUCCCUUACCAGCCUAUACCGUUAGGCGCGGGUCCUGAUGCCACGACGUUUAAUCAUGGGGCCUUUCCCGGCAAUCAUAUGGCAUCAUAUGCGCCAGAGCGCAACGUAGGGUCUGCUGAGUUUGUACCAGCCCCACCGCUCGAUCACUCCGUUCCCUGGGACGAAUUCACCACGAUUUCAGACCCUCAAGUACUCGCAAACAUGUCUGCAGCGGGGAAGGCAGCCAUGAUGAACAUGGGCCCCGGCGUAUGGAAUCCAGGUCCCAACCCUAUGGCUCCUAUGCCAGGCGCAUCGACUCUUGCGGGGACGCCUACAGUUCCUUCACAAUCGCAAGCUUUGAAUCCCAAUGCGACGUAUGCGAUGCAGCCAGACGGGUCAGUCUGGCCGGUGCCACCGUCGCGAUCCAUGAGUUUUCCUGUGCCAGCGGACAUGACAGCUGCGCCGUACCCCAAUCCCAACCAAUUCCCCCAACCGAUACCGCCGGAUCUUAAACGAAGAAUGACGAGUCCGGCCCAAGCGUUUCCCGGAGCUAAUCCGCAAAGCUCGCCGGCCGAUUUACAGGCGAACCCGGUGUCGGUGUCAUACCCCGGUCAACACCCCGUGAUGGGGUAUGCGGCGUGGCAGGAUGUGAGUGGCAUGCCAUCGAUGAAUGUCGUCCAGUACCCUAUGUUCACGGGGGAUGGCACGCAGCAGGUGCCUUUUGGCAGUCCUCCACCCAUGGGACAUCCAGGCUCAGGACAAUCUCCACCAUGA